UUUCCAGGAUGACUCAGGUAUUACAACACUGAACUGAUAUAAAACUCCUUUAUUCUACAGAAACCUUCAUUAUCAUCAUCGUCGUCUCAGUUCCACCCCUGCUGAGCUUUCAGCAUGAUGGCAGGACUGAGGAGAUGGAGAACUCUGCAGAUCCUGAUCCUCUUCAGCCUCCUUGGCCUCAGCGGACAGUUUGAGAUGAAGGAGGAUCUGAGGGAGAAGGUCGAGCCUGAUGUUGCUGCACUGCAUCGCCUCCAAAGACCGCCUGGACAACUGUUUCACUCUGCAGACACAAACAGGUUGAACGUUGACCAGAGCCCGAUGAGUUUGCUGCGUGGAUUUCAGGAGAGUGGAAACUUCACAGCUUGUGUCACAAAGAAGGAACAGUCUUUGCUUUAUUUUAUUUUUCAGGAUCUUGACGUCCUGUUGGCACUUACUGAGAAACAGAAGACAGACGACUGGUUGCUAACAGCUUCAGAGAUCUCACACAGCUACAGCCAGAAACUUCUGAUAAUGACUAACAAAGACAAGUCAGCGAGUGACAGAGUCCACCAGGAAUACUUCAUGGAUCCUCGUUACUCUGAAAUAGUCAGCGAGGAAUGUUUGUACAAUGAAUCCUGUGUACCAGAAGUAGGCAGCAGCUCUGUUUCUGGUCUUUCUGCUUCAUCACUUGCUAAUCUGAUGCUGAAAACAUCUCUGGAAGCAGCAGGAGUUUUCUCUCUUGAUGGAAACACGACCACAGAGUUCCAACAUAACUUCAUGAGAGUUUUUAUGGUCCGGGGACUGAAAGCAGUCUUAGAAACCAACCAGGAGAAUCACCAGAUUUACCAGGUGAUGGGUCAGCCGGACUCAGUCUCCACGUACAGAGUUCCUCAAAGAGAAGUGGAUCCCAGCACCCAGUACGACCACCAGCAGAUAAUCAUGUUACAGGAUGAUGAAGUGGUCAGAAAAGCUGCAUCUUUUCUUUAUGAGAAGCAUCCAGCAGUGAGUUCCGUCUAUGUUCUGGAUGACAAGCAAAAAGUGAAACUGAUUGGAGGUAAAUCAACACCUCUGUCAGAGAACAGCAGGCUGGUUCUGGUGGGCCACGGAGCCAGAGACCAGUCUGGAGAGAUGAGAGUUUCAGGGUUCUCGUACGAAGAUGUGUCCAGCAUCAUUCAGAGCACCUCCAGGGUGGGAAAUAAAAUCAGAACAACCAGAGUGUUGGCCUGUGAGGUGGGAUCGGAUCAACGGUUCAUAGAAAGUCUGCUGAAGACGCUGAGAGGAGCCGGCAUUGAGACAGAGCUGCACCUGUGGAACGCUGUGAUCCAGGUCACUCAGACGGGACACAUAAUCAGUCGGGACGUCUCUCCAGAUGGACCGCAGUGGAGACUCAACGAUGGCAGCAAGAAGGUGGUGGCAGCUCUCCACAGGAACGGAGAGAUGAUCCGAAGACACGAGUCUGGAAGUAGAGGAGAGCAGGUUUUUACCGAGGAAACAAACUUCCUAAAACCUCCCAAAAAGAAAGGACAAGCAGGACCUCCAGCAGAGGACAGAAGUAAACUCUACAGAAUAAUGUGGCCACAGGAACCAGAGAGAUUUAUUUCCCCAGACGUUUAUAAUAAAAUGGAUCAAAAUAAAUUUGGUGACGUUGAGCAAAUAAAAAAGGACUUUAAUGAAAUUGAAGGUCUGACUUGGGGAAUGUUUCACUCCGACCAACAAGCACCAGAGAGAGUCCCUAUCAACCCCAACAUAGAAAAUGAGUGUGUAAUAUUAGAUACAAAUGGUAAUAAUAUAAACUGGUUAAAUGGCAACCAGAAGCUCCAAAUCCUUCAAAACUGUUAUUUGAUUGAUUCAGGAGCACGAAUCAGAAAAAUAAUCAGUCACUACGGAAAGGAUGGAGAAAACAGGCCCACAUAUCUGAUGGUCAAUGACUGGAUUUUUCUUGUUGAACAACAACAUCUGUAUGUUUAUCCAGUUGGAAAAAGACUUGAUCAGAAUGAAAGGGAGGGUCACAUGCAAGAAAUCAUGAACCUAAUUGAAAGUCAGAACCAAGAAGGCAAAGAAAGCUACAAUAGUAUCCGACAUGAAAUUAGAAGACAGAGUGAUUAUCCUUAUUAUGUGACGGGUAUUUUCACUGGAGAGAGAAGACGCAAACCCAUAAAUGAGGAGCUCUUUCUAACCUGGUAUUUUACUGCAUCAGUCAUUGCUGAAUCUGCUAGAAACUUCCGGACAUUUCCUCUGACUCUUAUGGCUCUGGAUAUGUCUAAUAAUCAUGAUGAAGGAGCUUUGCAACUGUUAUUUGAUGAACAUCCGAUGGCUCGAGGAGGAAGCUGGAUUAAUAAAAACCUGCGAGGAUUCAGAGGCUCGGCAGCACCUGACGAGUCCAGCUCAACCCCACGAAACACACAGUUAGAGAAACUCAAAGAUGUUUUAGAGAAGGAAUUAAAAAUAUUCCAGGAAUGGAAGGAAAAAAUAAAAAUCCAGGAUUCACAGGUACUAAAUCAGAUGGUAACUCUGAUACAAACAUAUAACAUAUUUGAAGAUGUUACACAGUUUCAGGAAGAUUACAACAAUUUCAAAGCAUUAACUACAACAAACGUACCUUCAGCUUCUGGCUCUCUGGGAGGCCACGAUGACAACUUUGUGACAAUGAAUUAUUUAGAGAAUUCCAGGAAAAGAACCAGGAAAUCUGCCAAACAAGGAGAGGAUCUGGCAGGACUGGACCUUCAGGAUGGAGCUGGAAAUGAGGACAUCAACCCUGAAGCUGCUGAGUUUAGAGCAGAGUUAUCUCCAGAUAAUCAACAGUACAACAGAAAUAUGACGAAGAACACUGUUUCAGUGUCUAAUGAUGUCUCUAAUGGUGAGAGGAUGCAAACGAUCCACCGGAACGGUCUCAUCAUGGUGGACUCAUCAUCAGAAGAUCUGAAUGUGAGGAUCCAGACCAAAGAGGAAGAGUUGAAGCUACAUCUGCUCGGCUACAACAAUGGAGACAAACAUCAGCACCUGCAGUUUCAGAGCUCUGACGGGGUCCUUUUUAAAGUCACAGAUGGAGACGUUCGUCUCUUUCAGAUGGAAGCUUUCAAAGUGACUCUGAAACAGUCUCAGGUGGACUGUCGUUUGGACCUCAGCUCUCAGAGAAAUCUAUCAAAGGUCCAUACAGUCCAAGGAUGUCCCUCACAGUCCAAUGACAUGUCAGGGAACAGUGAGGACAACUCUCUGAUUGGUGGGUGGAAGGAUGACGCUUUGGAUGGAGGAGGAGGAGACGACACACUGAUAGGAGGACAUGGAGCUGACAUCCUGAUUGGUGGGACUGGAGACGACACUCUCUAUGGUGAGGAUGGAAACGACACGCUGAUUGGAGACUCUGGCAGGGACGUCUUCAUUCCUGGACCAGGGUCUGAUCUGGUGGACGGAGGUCCUGGCAGAGACACUGUUCUGUACCGGGGAGAUCAUGAGACGGGUAAAGGGGUUUAUGUUAACCUGCUGAGUGGACAAGGACGCUUUGCUGACGCUGAGGGAGACGUGUUGAAGGACGUGGAAACUGUGGUCGGCACCAUCUACUCUGACAUCUUGGUGUCCGGAUAUGAAAGCGCUCUUCUCCAAGGCUCAGAUGGUAACGACAUCUUGGUGUCCACAGGUGGAGAUUACCUGGUUGGUGGUGAAGGAAACGACGUCUACAUGUUGGCUUUCCACCGCGGCUCAGCUACCAUUGAUAACUGUGCUAAAGACAAAGCCACAGAUGUCCUGUACUUGGACUUGGAGUCAUCAGCGUUGUUUGACUGCCAGCUUUUAUCAGACAGAGUCCUCCUGACUUUCACUGGAGCCAAUCAGACUGCUGUAAAAGUUGGACUGAGAGGCUCGACCAGUGAUGGUGGUGAAUGUGGUCAUUUGGUGCUGGUUUUCAGAGAUGAAGAGGCGUCAGUGAAUGGUCUGCUAGAAGAGUGUCAUGUCAGAGUGAAUGACUUCUGGGUCAGAGGUGGAUCAGAGAGAGUGGACACCUGUGACGGUUCAAUUCCCUGAACAGCUGGAAAACGAUGGGAUGGAUGAUUCGGAGCUGAUGACCCUCAUGGGAAGCAUACUCAUUUCCAGUUUAAUCUCUCCGAUGUUUUUGCUUAAUUCGCAGCGCUUGUAGCAUGUUGAGGCAGAGAAGUCGCCGCCAAGAAGAUUCACGUUUGAUGUUUUCCACAAUUUACCGUCUAAUUUUCUAUUUUACAAACGUCUAAAAUCACUGCAAGAAGAAAGCUGGCGAGAUGAAAAAUUCUCCAAUGGCGAUGUUUCUGAUCACAACAAAACCCCCAAAAACUAAACUGAAAUGUUUUAAAAAGCAGAAAACAGAAAUCUGACUUGUUUUCAUGAACUGGCUUGAAAUGAACAAACUGGGGAGUCAGCAGAUGGAGGGAGGGGGUGUAACUCAAAUAUACUUCCUCCAGUCCAACCCGAGACUAACCUGGAGAAGAACUAUGGAGGAAAAUGGAGAGCCCUUCCAUCUCUGGGAAUAUCUGGAAUACAAAACCAUAUCUAGGAAAAGCUCUAGACAGGAAUCCAAACCUUCCAUGGAAACAUGAAUCAUGUUGAUCUGGAUGGAAAAGCUUUUCCAUUUUUAACAUCAUGGCUGUCUGAUUGUAAAACAUCUGUUCACAUCUGUGAGCGUCAGAUUUACGCAGCUCAGAGAAGAUAAAUGACCAGAAACCACAGCUCCCACUUCAUCAGACUGGCCGAGGCAGCCGUCUGCUUCAUGGUGGUCAACAAUCUCUGAGGAACGUUUCCUAAAAGCAGCGUCACCAACCAGAAAGCAGGUUCUCACCAUUUACAGCGUCGUAAAGACCAGAACUGCCUAAAUAAAUGAGUUAAUAUAGUAAUUAAUGAAUAAAGAGGUGAAUAAGUAAAUUUAAAAAACAUACCAAUCAAUUCAAAUUGUUUGUAUUUGGUUAUUUAUGGAUUUCUAAAUUCUAAAUCUUUUUUCUUUUGUUUACUUUAUAUUUAUUGGUACACUUGUUUUUAUUUUCUAGAUCUAGUAUUUCCACCCGUUUAUGUAUGUUAACCCCAUAAUGCCUGAAUUUAUUCACAAUUCUGUAAAAACAAAAUAUAGUUAAAAGAAAAUCAGGGAUAAAAUGAAAAAGUAUAAUUAAAUAUUAAAUAAUCUAAUAAUGAUAAAUAAAUACACAAACAGGAGUGAAUAAAAGCUAAUAAAUAAAUGAAUGAGAUAAAAAGAAAUAUAAUACAGAUCAGAAGUGGCAUCAAGGUGAUAAGAAGGCAGAUUUCUUAAAGUUGGCCUGAAACGUGAUUGGUCACCACACGAGAAACAAACACAACCAAUCAGUUAUCAAUAAAUCCACAGGAGACCAGUUUGCUCUGCCUGAACCUUUUACCGAAGGAACAAAAAGGUUAAAAGUGGGAAAGUAGAAAUGGUAAAUAAAGUGGAUUAAAAGUAAAAAUAUGAUGUAGAAACCCAUAAAUAACCAAUAAUUAGAGCCAUGAACAGAUAAGGUACUUGUUAUUUAUGAGCGCUCUGGUCUUUGAUCAAACAUGACAUUUCAGACUCCAGACUGUGAAAUGAAACUUUUACUUUGUGUAUUUUCUUCUUCCAAACAUCUGCAUAUUAUUUGUGUUUACGACUUUACAGCAUCAGCAGAACGUGACUCUAACAUGUGUCUUCAGAUAAAGCUUAAAAUGCUCCUGCAAAUAAAGCUCUUCACAUAACCCUGAAAUGCUUCUUUUAACCAAUUAUUUCUCGUCUUGAUCAUCAGGGUGAAGUAGAAAUGCGGUGGUGGUCAGUAA